AUGUCGGAGAGUCCUACCACUCAGGCCCGAGGCCAAAGAGACCCCGGAAGCCCAACAAUCACCGGCAUUCCUUCUAUCCUAACGGUUCUCCGCGAACCCGAAUCCUUUUCCUCCAACGAGGACCGGCGAGCCCAACAAUACCGCCAGCAGUCCCCUGAAACUGCUUCCAAGCUAGCGCGCGAGACCCUGAUAAGCAUGUGCAAGACCAUUGGACUUGUCGGCGCCCAGCUUAACAACAGCACAAACGACUCCGACUUUCAGCUCAGGCAGCUCAUCCAUCUGGCGCGCAACAUCACUAAACGGCUAGACGGCCAAGAAACCAAUGGAUAUCCAGGUCCCCCCCGCAUGGAAUGA